UGACAGCCGCAUGACAGCUAAACGAACUGAACUGAAACUGAAACGGUACAGCAAGCAUUGAUAAUCUUCAUCAUUCAAAUUUAAUUGUCAUCAGCAACUGUCAUUCUGAGAAAAAUAGCGAUUCUAAACCUCACAAGACAUGGCGCAUGCUCGGCAGGAAGUGCUUCACAAGCACGCUUCCCCCAACACGAUUCUCCAUUGCAUUUACGGCUUUUACUACUUAAAACUAAGUAAAACUCAACUGGCCAAAAUUUAUUGCAAGCACCCAUCUACGAUUUCAAACUGGAUUGAAAAGUACGACGAAAACGAGCUUUGCUCGAGGAAGGAAAGGGAGCAGGUGUACAUAAAAUUUUCACCGUCCGAAAGGUCAUAUUUGAUCGACCUUUACAAGUCUUGUCCUGUUCUUCUUCUGGACGAGGCGAAACAACGGUUCCAGCUCAAGUUCGGCAAGCAAAUAAGCAUUACAACCAUCAAUCGCAUAUUGCAUGCCGAAGGGUACAGCUGGAAAGUUCUGGAGCGUCGAGCGGUGCAGUUGCGGACUCAAGAUGUAUGCCGGUAUCAUGCUGAACUAUCUGUUCUAAUGUGGGACAUUCAUAAUUUGGUGUUUCUUGACGAGUUUGCUGUUGACAACCGAGGAAUAUUGAGGACCAAGGGGUACGCUCCUAUUGGUGAGCGGAUCGUGUUCCGAGGCGAGUUUACUCGCCGCCCAAGAGUUUCAAUGCUGAGUUUUCUGGGCGUUAACGGAUUGCUCGAGUCGUUUUCUGUGGAAGGUACCUUCACUAGGGUAAAGUUUUUCGAGUGUGUGAGAGCGUUUGCUACAUCGGGCCGCGUGAUGCAACAUCCAGGAGUCUACUCGAUCUGGAUCCUCGACGGUGCGAGGAUCCAUUGUCACCAUGCGAUCAUCGAGUACCUGCGAUCAAUUGGAGUAAUCGCGAUUUUCUUGCCAGCCUACGCACCAUUCUACAACCCGAUCGAGCUAGUGUUCGGGUAUCUGAAGCGGUACCUUAAACGUACCUACGUUGAAAAUAGCUCUGAAGAUCUCCUAGUGGUGAUUGCAAAGGCGUUGAAACAGUGGAAAAAUAGAGAUUGCUCCAAGAUCUUCAGGAAAUGUGGAUAUUUUUCGGGGGGUCUCUUUGAUCCAAGUGUGGGUUUUAAUAAAGCUUGUAAGGUUUAGCAUUAGUUUUUAUUGUACUGAUUCAUGAAGUAAA